AAUACUUAAUUAUAAAAACCUAAAACAAAAAUGUAUUGCGGAAUAGGUAAUCUGAAGACACUGACGUGAAAUCCUGGCUACUGCUUCUCCAUUACAGUGUUGCGAAAGUUACAUGCAGAUACGAGAUUUAAUGAAGAAUGUUGAAAAUUAUAAUGGAUUUUUUAAUGAGCUGUAUACUUUUCAGUUUUCUUAUACAGUGUUCUGAUGAAAACACUGUCACUACUACUCCGUCACCUUUCGACCAGGAGGCCGUCAAGCUUAACGAAGAGCUGGAAUACAUACGAAAACCAAACCUAACUCAUCACUUAUUUAAAAAGUUGUGUCGGGAACGCUUGGAGCAUAAACAAGAAUUGAAAACACUUCACGCGAAAUAUGAAGAUGAAUUACGAAAAGAACGUACGAAAUAUGAAGAUGAACGUAGGCGAGCACAAUUCCCAGAAAAUGAUAUUAUAAGUUUGCUGUACCGAAAUAUAUCGAUGGAUGCAAUAUGUGGUAGAAAAUUCCUUUCUAGUUUAGAGGUAUUUCCACUUUUUUAUGCAGGAAAUUCUGCUGUUCCGCCAUUAUCUGAAAAUGCUAGGAAUAUUAUCAAGUUAUUAAAAAGAACAAUAAACGAUCGAGCGAACGAACUUUAUUCAGUGGCCAUUGCGUUAACAUCGCUGUACGAGGAAUACGCUAUCAUUAACGACACUCUAGCCUGGAAUGCGAGAGUAGGAACUCAAUAUCAAACUCUGAAACGGGUAUCUCUCAUUACCAUCUCUCAACAAGAGAGAGAGUUCCUAUCGACUAAUAUAACGGAACACAUGUUGGAAUUUCGAAGUGCCUCUAGUGAACCUGAGGCGAUAGAAUUAUUCAAGAAACAAUGUCGUGGACGCUAUUGGUGGAAUGUUGAAAUCAAUUUGUUUGGCGACAACACCGAAAUCGGAAGAUUAGCGCUGUUAUUUCCUGAAGAAGAAAAAAUUAAAUUAACCCAAGAACAACCGGGAUGGGAGAAAUUAGACUAUCGUGAAAUGGAAUAUGUCAAUACUGUAUUCGUGAAAAGUAUGCACAUGCUGACUGGCACAUAUCGGUAUGAGAAAUGUGUCCAAACAUUUUACUUCGGCAACGGUUUACGAUUAAAAUAUCCGCUCGAUCAAAUGAAGCUGAAGUGGCCGGAACACUCGCCUGAGACGCGAGUGCGAUUGUUUUGUGAUGCCUAUUCUACAUUACACAAACUAUUCAGUAGUUUUGACAUCCAUGUGCCAUUGUAUAUGGGAGUAGAUUGCAAAAUGGAUUCAACCUAUUUAGAAAACUAUUUGAAGCGUAUAAGUGCUCCCAAACACCGCAUAAAUGCUCCCGAACACAACAUUGAAGAUUUUUUGUUUGUAGGUAAGCUCAUCUUACCUUAAUUUGAGCCUACUUUGUGUAGUGAGAAUUUGUGGGAUUUGCGUGAGACGCUCUCUUUUGAGCAAUUUUCAAACUCCUUAUAUUUCCGCUUUUCUUCUAGAAUAAAUUAAUCAUCUCGAUUGCCUAUUCGUUAACUUUCUAGCUUUUCUGCGAUGGUCUUUGUAAAUACUUUUUAUUUUUGUAUCUUCAGUUCGUGUUUAAUAAAGGUGUAAAUAAUAUAAGUA